GUAUUUGGAUUCUGGAGUGGAGGAACCGGGCACGUGGGAGCAAGAUGUAUUGUGAACCGUUUUGAGUCCCGAUACUACUCGGCAAGUCUAGAGGAAACGACCCCCGUCGGCCGCCGCUCCUUAACAUCUGAUACUCUUCCGCCGCAGCCGCACUCGUAUCCAGAAUUCCAGAUCAUCCAACCAAGGGGCAGUGGCAUUGCAAAAGAGAUUGCCUGCUAAAAAGUAGCUUUAAUGACCACCCCAUGUCACAGUAUCCGACUGUAAAACCUUGAUAGCCCUACAAGGAGCUAUGUUUUAGUGCUUCUUAGUCCUGAAUCUUUUGCCACAAUUGUUAGAGGCACCAGCAUGAUGGAAGAAGGUUCAGAGAUGAUGGAAGUGGAAGAACCUAAAAGUCAAAUGCAUCCUAAUUCCAUCAAGCGAUUCGGACUUAAGAACUUCAUCUCAACUAAUUUUGACGAUGGCUAUGUAUUCCAAAUUGUCCCCAAGGAUGAUAGGACACAAAUGGCGGUUUCACUGUCAACAAAUGCAGUGAAGCUGUACUCAUCAGAGACAGGACAGUUCAUUGGAGAAUGUAAGGGUCACUCUGGUACUAUUAACCACCUCUCCUUCUCUGGCCCAUCUGGCCCUCAUGUCUUGCACUCUUGCUCCUCUGAUGGUACGCUCAGAGCUUGGGACACUAGAACCUUUCAUGAAGUGUCAGGUGUAAGUGCUAGCUCAUCUCAAGAGAUCUUUAGCUUCUCAUUUGGAGGAUCCACCAAUAAUCUUCUUUCUACUGGGUGCAAAUCUCAGAUACUCUUUUGGGAUUGGAGGAGCAAGAAGCAAGUCGCAUGCCUAGAAGAGUCUCAUACAGAUGAUGUCACCCAGGUUCACUUUGUCCCAGACAGUUGCAACAAGCUUGUCUCUGCUUCAGCAGAUGGGCUGAUAUGCAUAUUUGAUACAGAUGGAGAUAUCAACGACGAUGACAAUUUGGAAUCUGUGAGUAAUGUGGGAAGUUCAAUUGGGAAAGUGGGGUUUUUUGGAGAAUCCUAUCAGAAGCUCUGGUGUUUGACGCAUAUCGAAACUUUAAGUAUUUGGGAUUGGAAGGAUGGUAGAAACGAAGCAAACUUACAAGAUGCUCGCUCAUUAGCCUCUGACAGUUGGACGCUGGAUCAUGUUGAUUAUUUCGUCGAUUGUCACCACUCAGGAGACCGAUUAUGGGCAAUUGGCGGCACUAAUACUGGUUCUAUAGGUUAUUUCCCUGUAGAUUAUACAGGAGGAGGGAGAAUAAAAUCACCGGAAGCAAUUCUUGGAGGUGGCCAUAUAGAUGUUGUUAGAAGUGUUCUGCCAAUGUCAAGCGAGAAUGGGGGGCCUGCCCAAACCCAAGGCAUUUUUGGAUGGACGGGUGGUGAAGACGGUCGCUUGUGUUGCUGGUUGUCUGAUGAUUCUAAUAACAUGAAUCAAUCCUGGAUUUCAAGCGAACUAGUUACAAGAUCCCCGCGGAUCAACAGAAGAUAUAGACAUAGCCCUUAUUAGUCUCAUUUUUCCUUUGAUUUCUUUGCAGACAAAGUACUUUUUCCAGUUUUCUUCACUUUGUUUUUCUUUAUUUUGAAUCUCAACUUGUAUCAUGACAAUCUCUGAUAGGCUGAGCAACCCAUUGAACCUGAACC